CAGUGAAACGCACGCAAACGCCCAUAAGACGCCUGUAUGCGGAUAAUGUUUAUGGCAGUCCGGGGCGGAGACUGCAGCUGCCCCUCUUAUGUGGGGGCAAGUUGCUGUUUGCAUGCAGAUGUUUGGUAGAGGCGCCCCCAUGGGCACUCCGCACUUUCGUCGCUGUUGAAUGCGAAGUCUGGUAGCGGGAUGAAGACAUUAUUUGAUGAGAUCAAAGCUUCAAUUAAGAAUGACAGCAAUUAUGACCACUCUUUUUGGAGGCCUGUACUGCCCUGGGGUGGCAUCUUCACCAUUAAAGCUGGGCGUAAAGCAGUCUCUUGUACACCACUUUAUGUUGAGAUAACACUAAAAAAUACAUGCACAAUUGAUGGCUUUUUAAUGCUGUUGUAUGUCAUACUACGUGAAAAUGACACCUUUCCCAAAGAGCUCUCCCUUUACCUAGGCCGAGAAUUUGUAGAUUGCUUUCUCCAUCUAAUGGAUACUUAUAGUUUUACAUCAGUCAAGUUACUAUGGAUAUGGGACAAGAUGGAUAAAUACCAGUACAAGUCUGGAAUUCACAAAGCAACCUUAGAGAUAGACUUGUUUGGGAAUGAGCAUGAGAACUUUACUCGUAAUCUGGAGAACCUUAUGUCCACUAUACAAGAGAGUUACUGCUCCAAUACAGACUGCCCUACACGUGUGCAGGAAACUCAGAUGCAUACAAUCCUUAUCAACCCACCACAUGAUAUUCCAAAUGGGGAUCUCAUUCAGAUAGCAGUGGAUGAACUUUUCUGCUCCAAGACGGAACCAUGCGAGGAGUAUGGGUGUGGCUGUUUAAGGGAGUUUUCACCUCGAAAUUUCUGCCAUGGACCACCACCUUUUGUUAUAUUAAAUAUGGAACAGUGGAAAUCAGAAGAGCUUGCAUAUGUGCCCUACUGCUUAGAAUUAUCUGAUAAUAAGUAUCAAUUGGAAGGAGCAACAUUGUUUAAUAAGGAGGAGCAUCACUAUUCUGCAGCCUUCCAGAUUGAUGGCUAUUGGAUGCACUAUGACGGCCUUAGAAAUAUCAACUUAAUUUUGUUGAGUAAACCUCCAGAGCUGCUUCUGUUGUCAUCUUUAGUUUACGUAAGAGCUGCAGAGAAAUGAACUGAAGUGAGAUAAUUUUACACACGAAUAAUAAAUAUUCGCAAAAUGUUCGUUUCCAAUCCGAAUUUUUCCCAUUCGGAUUCGUGGAUUAAUAAAUCAACCCCUAAGGGUACCAUGUACGUGUUCACUUGGCAUCCAAGGGACCAUUCAGACUACAGUAUUUCAAUUAUGUAUUACAAAACAAAUAUUUUUCUUGGCAUAAAAAAAAUAAUUUGGCUUGGGAGAAAAAUCUAUGCAGAACUUUAUAUGUCUUUAUACUUAUUUUUCUACAGAAACUGAAUCUAUUAAAAUGUAUAUGGAAUUGUA